CAGGACAAGCAGAGGCACACAGUCAGCAUAUAGAGGGAGAGAGAGAGACAAACACAGGAGAUGAGAGAGAAAGGAACCGUGACAGUGACAAAGUAUGAAGAGAAAUUACAUUGUCAAACAGAGACAUUUUUGAAAAUGUAUUUUAGAAAGAGAUAGUGAGGAAAAAAAAUUGAAAUACAGACAAACACACUUAGGGGUGUGUCAUGGCAAUUUAGUUCCUCAAGGAAGUACAACAGGAAAUUAUCUUGAGACAGGGUGGUAAGCAGCACAGACUGAAGCGAUACAGAGGAUUUUCUUUUGUUUUCACUGGGUAAGAUGAGGGGAUUCCAUUGACACUCUGUGCUGACAAACAACACGUGCUCUGGGGACUGAAACAUUCGACACACAGGAGAGUGGAGGACUCAGACACAGGUCACCAUGGAGUCAUUCAGUUCCAAGGACAUGGCCAUGCAGGCCCAGAAGAAGAUUCUGAGUCACAUGGCCAACAAGUCCAUGGUCCAAAUGUUCAUAGAUGACACCAGCAGUGAGAUCCUGGAUGAGCUCUACCGUUUCUCUAAGGAAUACUCAGGGAACCGUGCUGAGGCCCAAAAAGUGGUGAAGGACCUGAUCAAGAUAGCGGUAAAGAUUGGUGUGCUAUUCAGACACAACCGCUUCAGCCCAGAAGAGAUGAGACUGGCCCAGGACUUCAAGAAGAAGCUACAUCAAGGAGCCAUGACAGCAAUUAGCUUCUAUGAGGUGGAGUUCACUUUUGACAAGACAGUGAUGUCGGAGCUCCUGACAGGAUGCAGAGAUCUGCUGUUGAAGCUUGUAGACUCCCACCUCACACCCAAAUCCCACGGUCGCAUCAACCAUGUAUUCAACCACUACUCCGAUCCUGAGCUUCUGACCCAGCUGUUCAACCCAAAUGGACCCUUCAAAAACAACCUCAAUAAAAUCUGUACUGGCCUCAAUGAACUGAUCGAGGAAGGAAAGUUAUGAAGUCUAUACUUGUGAGAGAGACACUGGGAGAUCGGCUUGGAGGGGUCUGUUUAGAAGAGGACUGUGUGGAAAGCCAGGAAGUGACCAUGCUAUAAAUGAUAAAUGCUGAGAUUUGUGGCCCAAGGUUUACUUAAUGUAGUAAUUCACUGAUCUGUUUUACUCUGGAAAGGACACUGGAAAAAGUGAAAAGGCUGAGAAUUUGUAGGACGUCAAGUUCAUGUCUCUUUAUGCGAAAUUCUUAAAGAAUAGAGUUCCUGAAACAUCUGGACCAGGUUAAGAUUGUAAAACCAUCAGCUUUAUAUAGAGACGUGUCCAACGUUUCAUGCUUGCAAUCGUAUACUAACUUCCAACUAUUCAAGUUUUUCUGCAGAUUUUUCUCUCCAUCAACAUAUCAUGUUGUAUAGUGGAAGAUUCAUAAAAUGCAAUAUUGACUGACAAAAUGAAAACAAGGAUUUUAAUAGACAGGUGAAAUGCUGUUUAAGAGAGUACUGCCAUCUAAUGGUCUGGCCUGGAACUGACGGAGUCCUGCAAGAACCGACCAAAAAGAAAAGCUGUUACAAAAAUAGUGCAUAUCUACUAUUGUGGUACGAUACAGUAAUUUUAUAAGAGUGGAUUGGAUUAAAUCAAUGAAAGAAUCCAGUCUCAUUUGGGCCUUGUACAUCCCAGUGUGUGUGCGAGUGAAUGAGUGGGGCACUUGUAAAUCUGUGCCCUUUUAUUACCUAUUUGUGAAUAUAUUGAUAUGAAAUCUUCAGUGUAUGUUAGUGUAUGUUAACUGACAAUGUGCAAUUUACAUAAAUAAAUGAACAAAAAUGCA